CCCAAGGACGUACCCACCGCCGUGCGCACCCUCCUCCUCGCGACCAAGCGCCUGCAGGACACCCUCCGCCUCUGGGCCGCCGGCCAGGCCUCCGAGACCGCCGUGAGCGACGUCUACGUCCAGAUCGGCAACGACUUCAACGCCACCGUGAACGCCUUCGCGGAGCACGGCGUCGAUCUCAGCGAGAUCUACUCCGUCCCCGCCGACCUCCGCCUCGUCCUCGAGAACUGUCUCGGCGAGGAACCCUCCCCCGAAGUCCUCGACACCUACAUGCCCGACAUCCGCCGCAUCCUCUACGCCCUCCUCGAAGGCAUCCAGCGCAAGCAG